CUAACUGAAUCUCCUCUUUCCUUACUAGCUACUUCACGGAGCCCUGGUGCAUGGCCAUCUUCCACGAUCGUUUUAUUGAUCUCAAGAAAGAGUUACGCCAAAUCUUAGCCUCCAAGGAGGAGGAAGACCUCCCUUCCAUAGAACAGUUAGCCCGUCGCAUAGAAAACGAGGAAAUAGACCUGAGAGAGAAGCCCAGGCAAUACCUGCAAAGAGUUUUCCAGGAAACCAUCUACAGGAGCCUGGCGGAGCAGCGCGUCGCCGACUACCUGGACUAUAACCAUUACCACCUGCCCAUGUAUGCGUGGCCGGGCAUCAUCUAGUUGUGGCCACGGCCUCCGCUUCGUUGCUUCCAUUCGUUUAGUUCCUGGAAGUGCUCUGUAGGAACAGACAAGUCGCAGAGCCUGGCUUGAUGGCGAAGCCCCGUCGUGCUUGUGUCGAUUUUUUCCACCUUCACUUAAGCCUGUAGUUUUCUAUUGUUCCAGUAGGUGGC